AUGUUCUCAUUUCAGGUGGGGACAGCAAAUGUGGGUAACAGUGCAAUAGCAACGGGCAAUGAUGGCCCAGGUGUCGAUUACGAGGAAACGUAUUUGUUCGCAGAACGAGCCAAGACAGCCAAUAGUCUCAGCCCGGAACAAGCAUUCGCGCACAUGGUCAAAGCUAUGCUUGGCACAGGACUCCUUUCGCUACCAUUGGCGUUCAAAAAUGCUGGAUUAUGGCUUGGCUUGGUGUUGCUGGUUAUAAUUUGUUUCGUAUGUUUAUAUUGCAUGAGACUUGUUGUAUAUGCGGCGCAUUACAUCUGCCGAAGGAAUGGCAGAGAAGUUAUCGAUUAUGCUAAUGUUAUACGAGGCGCAGUUGAGAGUGGGCCAUCAUGGAUAAGUGUUCACGGAUAUUUCUUCAAGGCAAAGUAG